GUCCAGACCUGGCACCGCGCCGCGGACCCGCUCCUCUCCCCAAUCCCCAUGACCAACUCCGAAUCCAACGUCUUCCUCAUGCACGCCCUGCCCUCAGCCAACCCUCCUCCUCAUCCUCCUCCCCAAACCAAACCCCCAAGCACAAGCGCAAGCGCAAGCACAAGCAAAAGCUUCCUCGUCCUCCGCACGACACGCUUCACCAACCACGUAUCGACCGCGGAGAUCGAAUCGCAAUUCGGUCUGAUCGACCACUGCUCGCUCCGGCUCCACAUGCGCCUGAUGUCGCGGGACACCGCGCACCACCACCCAUUCCACCCCGAACGCGAACGCGAACCCAAACACAAACCCAACUUCGCCUACCCGCCACCCAACAGCCCGCUGCCCCUCCCCCUCCCCGUCCCCGUACGCCCAGAUCAAAGAGCCGUUCCCAGCGGCACCUGCGCGGGCAUCUUCACGUACCGCUCGGCGAUCUGCGAAUCGGACAUCGAGAUCCUGACGACCGACAGUCCCUUCACGAUCCACUACGCCAACCAACCGGACUACGACGCGGAGCACGACCGGAUCAUCCCCGGGGCGAGCGCGGUCGUGAACCUGACGCGGCCCUGGACGGAGUGGACGACGCACCGGCUGGACUGGUUGCGGACGGAGUCGCGGUGGUAUGCGGACGACGCCUUGCAGACCGUCAAGCGGUAUCGCGUGCCAGACCGGCCUAGCAUCAUCGUCGUCAACCUGUGGAGUAACGGUGGGGAGUGGACGGGGGACCUGCGCGUCGGCGAGUCGGUCUACCUCGGGAUCGAGUGGAUGGAGCUGGUCUAUAAUCUCUCUUCUUCUGCUGCUGCUGCUGCUGCUGCUGCUGUCGACGCUUCUGCGUCUGCUUCCUCGGAGUUACUGGCGUCAUGGUCGUCCCUGGAACAGCAGAAGGGAAGUGACUGGGGUGGCAAGGAUGGGGAUGAUGUCCCCGUCUGGCGUAGUAGAAAGGAAAAUCGUCAUCAUCAUCAUUAUCGACCAGAUCUGAAUCUCGCGGCCAUGGGCCUGAGUCAGUCGCGAGUGGAGGAACUACGCCAUCACCAAGAGGAUGGUCGUGAGACGAGAGGACCGUUGUCAGUUGGUCCAUCGACCCACUGUCGGAGACCUUGUUGGGUAGAUCAAUGAAAGCAUCGCUGG